AUGUCGGAAGCUGCAGUCGAUCCAGCCAGCAUGGUAUCAUAUGACGGUGGUUGUCACUGUGGCAACGUCAGCUACACGGCGAAGCUUCCAUCGCCUAUACAAGAUCAAGUCGUGAACACAUGCAACUGUUCCAUCUGUAGUAUCAACGGAUAUAUUCUGGUCUAUAUCAAGAAGCCUGACCUGACAUUCCACAAUCGCGAUGAUGCUGCCAAGGAAUAUCGUUUCGGAUCCAAGAGAUUUCCCCAUUACUUCUGUCCCAAUUGCGGUACCAGCGUGUACGCUAGCGCCGACGACAUUGAAGGCGAAUACGCUGGUAUUACUGCUAUUAACAUAUUAUUGUCGACAUCCAGUGAGCUUAUAUGGCACCAGGGCCGAACCUUGAAGGGUGUCGACAUCAAUUCAUUGAAGAUUGAGCAGCUGGAUGGAAAGAAAAUAUAA